CUAAGCUCCUGAAUACCAAGAGCAUCUUUCUACACUCUCAACGACUUUUUCUUGGCUUGAUUAUUCUGACUUUUGCUUCAUUACUUCAGAUAAUCUGUCUAGAUCUCUCCUCUUCUUGUGUAUGUACUGUGGCACUUUGUUGGGUGACUUGGAAGUAUUUCGGCGCAUGUUCAGCUGAAGUGCAAUCUUUGGAUACCUAAGUACAUUUCGACUGCAAUUUCACCUGAAACCAAACUUUUCAGCUUCUCAACAAACAUAUCGAGACGAGUGUCUGUACCUUGUCAGAAUGCCUACCAAUCCAUUUGCGACGUUCCUCAUCAUCUGCCCUGUCUCGUUCUUCCUGGGCAUUCUCUUCUCUCUCUUCCCCUACGACUAUCCCCUCCUCUGGUCGUCACUGCCUACGCCGGACACGCACUUUGAUGCCAUCGAGACACACCUACAACUCUUGCACAAUGCGCCGAAUCUUAUCCAGCGCAUCCUACACAUCAUGUUGACCGCGGGCCUUUUGGGUUUGCUCAUCAAGCUGUACAAGCCCACCGAGUCCAACAUGCUUUUCGACGGAGGCAGUCUGGUGCUCUACAUGGUCGCGGUCAUUGUCUACAUUGCAAACAUUGUCAAAGGUCUCCGCAUCGUCAACGACGGCACGUAUGGAUUAGGAUUGAACAACAUGGAUCAAGAUCAAUUGGACAACCUGAACAUGCAGGGCCAAGACGCGGAUUCGGGCGACAGAGUGCUGGGUCGUGAGGACAACCUCAAGGUCCUAGCUGCCAGCAACACGAUCCUGGCGUUGGUGCUUGUUGGUGUGUUGGUUCUACAAGUCGGCCAAAUGUACGCCGAUCGUGUUGACGCGCGCGCACUGAAGGACUUCCAUGAAAAGGAGAAACUCGAACAAGAGAAGAAGGAAAGUGAGUCCCCCUCGAGUGCGACCGUGAAGAGACAGGGUAGUCUCAGGGAAGGCAAGAAGACGAAAUGAUGGCAAGGCUGAUGAAUGAGGGCAUGACUGGGAAUCUUGGUGCGAUGGGAGACAUCUACAUAUGACUUUUUUUUUCAAGACGACACAGUAAGGCCUCGUCAUGGUACACAGUUGAAAAUCAAGCCAUAGGCUUUACCUGUAGGGAGUACUCGUCCUUAGGAGCUAUCUCAAAGGACUCGAGAAAAUUUUGGAAUGUUCAGCCUUUUUGGUGGUCAUGGGCGAAACAUGUUCAAAACGUUGACUGGCACAUUUACUGGUGUUUCUCUCAGCGACCAUGCUACGAAGAGUCUUCUGCAAAUUGACACAUUCAAAGCCCAUGUGCUGGGAGGGGCUCA